ACGACAAGAUUUGCACACUUCCGGAACUAGUCCGGAAGAUUCGGCCGUUGAAAGUGGAAGCGUUGUUUUCAGAGUUCAAGACUGCGAUGUCCGAAAAGAAGAAUACCAGUGACGAUGGUGAUUAUGUGUCAGUGCCGCAGUUCUACGCCGGUACCGAUGUGUUCCUCACCGGUGGGACCGGGUUCAUGGGCAAAGUGCUGAUCGAGAAGCUGCUGCGAUCCUGCCCGGACGUUGGCCAUAUCUUUGUACUGAUGCGGUGCAAACAAGGCAAAAGUCCCGAAGCCCGAGUGAAAGAUCUGACCGAUAAUCCAUUCUUCGAAACGUUGAAGAAGCAAAAUCCAACAGCCCUGGCCAAGCUGGUACCGAUGUUUGGCGACUGUAUGCAGUUGCGGCUGGGAAUGUCCGACGAGGACAUUCGGCAGUUGCAAAGUGUGUCGGUCGUGUUCCACCUGGCGGCCAGCGUGCGGUUCAAUGAUCCGCUGAAGGAUGCCAUACUGACCAAUGUGCUGUCGACGAGGGAGAUUUUUGAGAUCUGCAAGGGUUUGCCCUCGUUGAAGGCCGUGGUCCAUGUGUCGACGGCCUACAGCAACCCGGAACAGUUGCACGUGGAGGAGAGGUUAUACUCGCCUAAAGCUGAUUGGAAGAAAAUGCUCGAAUGCGCUCUGCAAUUCGAUCAUCAAGUUCUCAAUAUUUUAACAGAUAAGAUCACCAACUCCGCCCCCAACACGUACACCUUCACCAAAGGCCUGGCCGAGCAGGUUUGCAAGGACUAUCAGAGCCAGCUCCCGUUGGUCAUCUUCCGCCCCUCGGUGGUGGUAAACACCAUCGAUGAACCCCUGGUCGGCUGGAUAGACAACCUGAAUGGGCCAUCGGGGAUGUUGCUCGGAGCCGGUACGGGAAUCGUUCGGACGGACCUGAUGCCAUUGGAAAAUCGCGCCAACACCAUCCCAGCGGAUAUUUCCAUCAAAGCUCUGCUGCUGGCCGCAUGGCAGCGUGGAACCAAAGAACAUACCUUCCGGGGGGAUUACCUACCGGUGUACAACAGCGCCGCCGAGUACGAACACUCGUGGCAGUACAAGAAGAUGCUGGACUGUGGGAAGGCGAACAUGACCCGGUUGUCGUUUACGAAGCUGCUGUGGGUUCCAGGUGGUAGUGCGACUACGUGGCGCCUCAAGUACUAUGUGAUGGUGCUACUGGCGCAUAUUCUGCCGGCCCUAUUGGUAGAUGCACUGUGCUUGAUCAGCGGGAAGAAGCCGUUCUUGAUGAAAAUCCAACGUAAGGUGUUCCUAGCGCAGGCGUCCCUGCGGUACUUUGUGUACAAUCAGUGGAUUUUCGAAACCAAGCGGUUUCGAUCAUUGAGGGAUGAACUGCAGGGUGAUGAUGUCAAAACCUUCAGCUGGCACCUGUCGGAGGAGAAGAUAGAUCAGUUCUACUUUGAAUGCUGGAUGGGCGUCCGGCGGUACUUGCUGAACGAUCCGGAUGAAACCAUUCCGAAGGCGGCCAAGAAGAUGAACCGACUGAUCCUGAUUGAUCGGGUCCUGAAGGUGGGCUUCGCCCUGCUGGUGCUGUAUCUAGUCUGGCACAGUUCCAUUUUGCAUCAUCUGGAAAUGCAACUGGUGCGGCAUAGUCGAUGA